CUCUCCGGCCCGCUUGCUAGCCGGCAGGGUGCCGAGCUCGCUACAGCGUUCUCGGGAAGGAAGAAGUAGGGGGCCGAGGACGCCGACAAGUUCCAGCAGUACCGGGGAUCCGGGCCAAGGCGGUGGCUGCGGUUCCGACGGGGCAGGAGCGCGCUCCGUGGCGGAGCGCACGGCCAGAGCGUCCGAGGAGGGGGGCGCCCGGGCCUUUAGUUAUCUGUGGGGCCGCGGCCGGAUCCCAUGAGACGCCCCCGCGAAGGGCUCGAGAUCCGAAGCCCGGGAGGCGCGCGGAGGAGGCGGAGGGCGGUGCUGCAGCGGCCGGAGCCCGGGAGCGGCCGGCAGGAGGCGGCGGAGAGAACUUGAACUUGGCGUCGGGAGCGGGCGCCCCGGACGCCCCUCGCGGGGGCGGGGGCACCGAGGGACCUGGGCGGCAGCACUGCCCCCCGAAUGGCCGCGGCGGCGGACGCGGCUCCCGCGCCGCGGCCCUAGGCGGCCUCUCGCCAUGGCCAAGUGGCUGAACAAGUACUUCAGCUUGGGCAACAGCAAGACCAAGAGCCCCCCGCAGCCGCCGCGGCCCGACUACCGCGAGCAGCGGCGCCGGGGCGAGCGGCCCUCGCAGACCCCCCAGGCCGUGCCGCAGGCCCCCUCGGCCACCUCGGCGUCCUGCGGUACGGCCGCCGCCUCCUGCUUCUCGGCCUCGUCGGGAUCGCUGCCCGACGACAGCGGCAGCACUAGCGACCUCAUCCGCGCCUACCGCGCACAGAAGGAGCGCGACUUUGAGGACCCCUACAACGGGCCCGGCUCGUCUCUGCGCAAACUGCGCGCCAUGUGCCGCCUGGACUACUGCGGCGGCGGGGAGCCAGGCGGGGGGCAGCGUGCCUUCUCGGCUUCGUCCGCGUCGGGCGCCGCGGGCUGCUGCUGUGCCUCCUCUGGCGCGGGCGCCGCCGCGUCCUCGUCCUCGUCCUCGGGCUCCCCGCACCUCUACCGCAGCAGCAGCGAGCGGCGGCCCGCCACGCCAGCCGAGGUGCGCUACAUCUCCCCCAAGCACCGCCUCAUUAAGGUGGAGAGCGCCGCGGGCGGUGCCGCAGAACCCUCGGGGGGCUCCUGCUCCGGCGGCCGCACCUGGAGCCCGACGGCCUGCGGAGGCAAGAAACUGCUCAACAAGUGUGGCGCCUCGGCCGCGGAAGAGAGCGGUGCCGGCAAGAAGGACAAGGUGACCAUCGCUGAUGACUACUCGGAUCCCUUUGAUGCCAAGAAUGAUCUGAAAAGCAAAGUGGGAAAGGGGGAGAGUGCUGGCUACAUGGAGCCCUAUGAGGCGCAGAGGAUCAUGACAGAAUUUCAGAGGCAGGAAAGCGUCAGGUCCCAGCACAAAGGCAUCCAAUUAUACGAUACCCCUUACGAACCCGAGGGCCCAAGCAUGGACUCCGACUCAGAGAGCACGGUCAGCCCCCGACUGCGGGAGAGCAAGCUGCCCCAGGAUGACGACAGGCCCGCCGAUGAGUACGACCAGCCAUGGGAGUGGAACCGGGUCACCAUCCCAGCUCUGGCAGCCCAGUUUAACGGCAGUGAGAAACGGCAGUCAUCUCCCUCGCCUUCCCGGGACCGGCGGCGCCAGCUUCGAGCUCCCGGAGGGGGCUUCAAGCCCAUCAAACAUGGGAGCCCCGAGUUCUGUGGGAUCCUGGGAGAGAGAGUGGAUCCUGCUGUCCCACUGGAGAAGCAAAUAUGGUAUCAUGGAGCCAUCAGCAGAGGAGAUGCAGAGAACCUGCUGCGACUCUGCAAGGAGUGUAGCUACCUUGUCCGGAACAGCCAGACCAGCAGGCACGACUACUCCCUCUCCCUGAAGAGCAACCAGGGCUUCAUGCACAUGAAACUGGCCAAAACCAAAGAGAAAUACGUCCUGGGUCAGAACAGCCCCCCGUUCGACAGUGUCCCAGAAGUCAUCCACUACUACACCACGAGAAAGCUGCCCAUCAAAGGGGCCGAGCACUUGUCCCUCCUCUACCCCGUGGCUGUGCGGACCCUGUGAGCCCCUCCCUGCCCUGUGACGGGGCCCAGACGUGGAGGAGCCGGUGGCCCCUGCCAACCCGCCCGGCCGCUGUUGCCAGCCAUGUCCAGUUUGUGUCGUGUGUAUGGUACUAGCACACCACUGCAUGUCUCUAGAAUGCUGUUGCCACUCACGGGGGCUGGAGAAAGCCUGGAUAAAGACUGAGGGACGGCUAGCCUGCCACCGCAGCCCCUCCCCCAACCCCUCUUCGAGUUUCUGUGAAUUAAAAUAUUUGCAAAUCCAAA